CACAUUUAACACAUCCAGUGUGUGCGCUGCAGCCUAAUUCACUCAAUUUAUUGCUACACUGGUGGCACACACGCUUCAAGAGCGUUACCAUCUCAGAAGUGACUUAAUAAAGGGGUGACACUACGAAAUAGCAGUGAAAAGUGGAGGACGAGCCGCUGACCAGUGAUCAGCCGCCACGUGUCGUCGAUAACAACGUUACACAAUUUCCUUUAAAAAGAGAGUCUGGUUCCAGCCCCUUUCUGCCUGGACCCUUUUCAACCCUCUGCCGCGGGACACCGUAUCCUGGCAACAUCUGUGUGGGAAACCCGUCUGCCGGAAUCUGCAGUGCCCCGCCCACUGCCCCGCCCCAUCUCGCCCGCCCCACCAAUCAGUGUUAUACGUCUGAGAGGAUUAUCAUAGGAAGACCCUCUCGCAUGAUGCACACACACACACACAGUGACAGAGCAGGCUGCACAGGUGCUCCAAAGGAAACACACAGGUGGACAGAGAAUUCUGGUGUCCCGGUCAGCGGACGAUCAACAUGCCGGAGUAUGACGUCAUCGUCCUCGGUACAGGGCUGAAGGUGAGAAUAUUAACCUGUGUUUGAGCACCUUCAUCACUUGUGUCUCAUCUCCCUGCAUGUCUGCCUGUGCUGCGUCUACCUGUGUGUGUGUGUGUGUGUGUGUGUGUUUACCUGUCUACAUCUGUCUGUUUGCUCAUCUAAGAAUGAUCUAUCUGGGACUGUCUGUGUGUGUCUGCGCUGCACUGAACUAAAGUGGUACUACAGGAACACGCACCUGAUGUUUCGCUGUGGAUUGAGAGAGUUCACACACUAAAAGGUUGUUUUCCUGCACCAGCUUUGUGUUCACUGACAUAUUAAUGUGUACUGUAUGUCCACUGGUGUCCACUGCUCCCUGUCUCUGUGUCUCCCAUCCGUCCCGUCCACCUGUGCUCCUCCAGGAGUGUAUCCUCUCCGGGAUUUUGUCAGCGAACGGCAAGAGGGUUCUCCACAUAGACAGGAACCCGUAUUACGGUGGGGAAAGUGCCUCCAUCUCCCCCCUGGAAGAGGUUUGUCCUUCCCUCUCUCUCUCUCUCUCUCACACACACACACACACACACACACAGACACUUGUCCCUCCUCAGGAUUGCCAGCAGUGCAGUGCUCUGUUGACCUAUGUCAGCGCCGCUACCUCUCUGUGUCCUCAGCUCUACAAGAAGUUUAACGUCCCGGGUCCCGGAAAAGCCAUGGGUCAGGGACGCCACUGGAGCGUGGACCUCGUCCCCAAAUUCCUGCUGGCCAGUGGGCCGCUCGUACAGAUGCUGCUCUACACCGAGGUGACCCGUUACCUGGACUUCAAGGUGGUGGAGGGCAGCUUCGUGUACCGGGGGGGGCGUGUCCACAGAGUGCCGUGCACCGAGGCCCAGGCCCAGGCUUCAGACCUCAUGGGCAGGUUCGACAAGCGCCGCUUCCGCAAGUUCCUUCUCUUCGCUCUGAACUUUGACGAGAGCGACCGGCGGAGGCACCACGAGCUGGACCCCCAGCGCAGAACCGCGAGGGACGUGUUCCGGCACUUCGACCUGGGGUCAGAGGUCGUGGAGUUCGUCGGUCACGCCGUGGCUCUGCAUUCCAGUGACGAGUACCUGGAGCAGCCCUUCCUGCAGACCAUGAGGCGGAUCCAGCUGUACGCAGAGUCGCAGGACCGCUAUGGUCACAGCCCCUAUCUGUACCCGCUCUACGGCCUGGGGGAGCUGCUGCAGGCCUUUGGCAGACUGAGCACUGACCAUGGGGGGGGCUACCUGCUUAACCACCCGGUUGAGGACAUCGUGAUGGAAAGUGGCAAAGUGGCCGGUGUGAAGUCAGAAGGACGGGUGUUCCGGUGCAAGCAGCUCAUCUGCGAGCCGAGCUACGUGCCGGAGCGGGUCAGGAGUGCGGCGCGGCUCAUCCGGGUCGUGUGUCUUCUCAACCAUCCCAUCCGGGACACGGAGGACGCCAAGUCCUGCUACAUCAUCAUCCCCCAAACGCAGCUCCGCAGGAAGUCGGACAUCUACAUCUGCAUGGUGUCCUAUGCGCACAACAUCGCCCCCGAGGGCAAGUACGUUGCCGUGGUGAGCACCACUGUGGAGACCAGCAACCCCGAGAGAGAGGUGCAGCCGGGUCUUGAGCUCCUCGAACCCAUCGUGCAGAAGUUCGUUUCCAUCACCAGCUUCUUUGUGCCCCUUGACGACGGCAGGAGGAGUCAGAUCUUCGUGUCCCGUUCCUACGAUGCCAGCGCGCACUUUGAGACGGAGUGCGAGGACAUCAGGGACAUGUACCGGCGCAUGAUGGGCUCCGAGCUCAGCCUGAGGGGCCUGCGCGGAGAGCAGGGCGGCAGGGACGAGGCGUCCGGCCAGCGGUCCGCACAACAGCCGCCCCCUUCAGAUCUCCCAGCAUGCUCCGCUUCGUGCGGAAGGCGAUGAGAGGGAGGCGUCGACGGAGUGGGUUUGAAGCGCUGCCUGCUUGCGUGUUCUUGGCCUCACGAUGAGGCUGAUGCGCUCGUGCACCGUGUCAUCGUGGAGCUUCUGGAGCUCUUCUCCUUGUCUGGAGGUCAUUGUCAGCUGGUGUGUGACACGCUUUCAACAGAGAAUUAAAAAAGGUCCCUUUACACGCCGUGGGCAUCAGUCCUUGUU